AUGGCGAAUUUAAAUAAUUCGGACUCAGAUACAGAUGAUGAGAAUGAGAAAGCGAUUGUUUUAUUCACGACAAUAACUGCGACUACAUCAGCCGCGACUAUGAUGUGUAAUGCUGCAUCCAUGAUAGUAGCAACGAUCGCACAAAACUAUAUGGAAGAGGAUGGUGAAAAUGAUAUUCGAGAGUCCCGCAACUGGACAGAUUGUAUCGGUGUUAUAGAUGGUACGUACGUCCUUGCAAAGAUUCCAGUGAAAGAUCAAGGAUCUGGCGCAGAUUCACAUAUACUGGCAUCAGCACGCACGUGUGAAGGGAAAUUGCCUCUACCUAAAGGCAAGUACUACUUAGUUGAUGCUGGUUUUCCUAAUACUCCUGGCUUCCUUGCACCCUAUCGAGGUGUCCGUUACCAUCUAAAAGAAUUUAAGCAAGGUUGUCUUCUAAGGGACAAGGAAGAGUUAUUUAAUCUUCACUAUUCGUCGUUAAGAAAUGCCAUUGAACAUGCUUUUGGAGUUUUGAAAGCACGAUUUCCGAUAUUAAAGAACACACCGAACUAUCCCAUAGAAACGCAAACAAAGAUUGUAAUUGCAUGUUACAUCAUACAUAAUCAUAUUAUUAACGAGAGGAGUGAUGUACUUCUCAAUGAUUCCAAUGAUAUAAGCUAUGAUACAAAUGAGGGCCAGGAAUACCAUUCAUGUGCCGAUGAAUUUCAUAAUGGGACAAUCGAAAUGGAGGAAAGUGAUAGUGAUGUUUCUGAUGAAGAGAUACAAACUGAAGAACCAACUAGAAGAGAAAGAGAUGAUUGGAGUCAAUUUCGUGAUAGUCUUGCAGAAGCGAUGUAUGAAAAUUACAAUUCUAAUAUCGGAUUUAAUCAAGAAUGA